AUGGCAUCUGCUCGUCACGUCGUCGUAUCGACAGGCUCAGGAACGGGUCAAGCACAAUCCUUUUACGAAUCACAUUUGACCGAAACAUUCAAAUCUCUCGGAUUUAAGGAGGACGAGCACUUCUUUGUGCACUUCACAAAAUCUGAGAAUACCAUCACAGAACUUACAAAAGACGUCUUCUUACCCGCCGCGAAUAGAGGGGCUGUGCUCUCAAUUAUACUGCUCAGCGGAGAUGGCGGUGUUGUGGACAUAAUCAACGCCAUCCUCACCUCCCCACGAGGCCCCGACUUUGCUUCUCCCGAAAUCACUUUACUGCCAUUGGGUACUGGAAAUGCUUUAGCAAACUCGUUGGGUAUCACGGCAGAUGAUAGUAUGGAACUCUCGAAAUUGAUGCAAGGACAGUCAAAGGCUUUGUCGAUCUUUCGAACGAGCUUCUCUCCAGGCUCAAGACUGCUCAUUCACGAAGGCAGCGGCGAAGCCGAGCUUUAUGAUCACCAUGGCAACCCGACGGUAUGGGGAGCCGUGGUGUGUAGCUGGGGUAUGCAUGCAUCCCUAGUAGCCGAUAGCGACACGGCCGAGUACCGCAAACAUGGCGUCGAGCGCUUCCAAAUGGCAGCCAAGGCAGCUCUCUACCCCGAAGAUGGUUCACCGCCACACAAAUAUCGUGGUCAAGUCUCUGUCUUGCGAGGGUCAGAGUGGCAUGAGCUCAGCGAAAAAGAACAUGCAUAUGUGCUUGCUACCUUUGUCUCGAAUCUCGAAAAGAAUUUUACCAUCUCACCUGCUUCAAAACCUCUUGAUGGCAAGCUGAGACUAAUCCAAUUCGGUCCUAUGUCUGGCGAUGAAGUCAUGAAGGUCAUGACAGAGGCAUACAAUAAAGGCAAACAUGUCGAAGAUGAUCGAGUCCGUUACGAAGAGAUUGAUGGCCUCAGGAUAGCCUUCGACGACUCUCAAGAAGACGGCCGCUGGAGAAGAAUCUGCGUGGAUGGUAAGAUCAUCCGCGUGGAAAGUGGAGGCUGGGUUGAGGUCACCAAAGAAGAUGCACAUGUCAUAGACAUUGUCUGCAACUCUGAGCAUGCUUGA